ACACGAGGGCGUUUGGUUUAUAUUGUAGAGUACUUUCUUUUUCCACCUUUAUCUGUUCAACGGUCAGCCACGAGUCAGCACGUACGGGCCAUCUUUUGGUCAGGAAUAAUUUCAUCCAGUUGGGAAGCCCACCAUCCUCUGAGUCCUCUUGAAAUACUUCUCACCUUUUACUUGAGGCUCCUUUCACUUACAUGCCGGUCCAGCAUGCUGCCUCUAAAGAUGUUGGGCCUCAUGCUGUUCUCAUCGUUAACAUACGACAUGCCAACAUGUAAUGCUAUUCCACCACCAGAGGGAAGUGGCAACGCCACUGUCUAUGUGUCAACGGGUGCUGACCUAACAUGCACCCAGAUGCGUGACUCUCUGAUCCUGGAUGCUCCUGAAAUCAUACAAUAUGGAACAGACGUCAGUGCAAACUGCUUCACCACAGAAGGAGAAUUUGAAGAGAUGACCCUACAGCUUGGAAACAAAACCUGUGAAAGUUCACAACCGAAUGCUACCGUCUCCUGCGUUGCACCAGUGUUAGGCUCUGAGAUGACGGCAGUGUGCAAAAUAAAGCUAAGUGACACCUUGGAAUGCAGCAAAAAGGUUGAAAUAACCGUAUACAAGAUUUUGCUCUCUGUGAAGACUGGAGACGUCGGGCAGGCAGAUUACGAACUGCAGUGUGACGUCUUCAGUGUGGCCACUGUUCAAAACCUCAGUGUCACAUGGUACAAAAACAAUGAAGAAUGUAUGACGGAGGCCUGCAUCGAAGCGGGCGGCAUUUCCUCCAUGCUGCCCGUCAACAUCAGCAGGGAAGAGAUUUCUGCCGAGUUUAGAUGCGAAGUUCAACUGAACCUUGGGCAGAAAAGCCCACAACAUCCUCUGGUUUCUGCAACUCACAAUGUCUCAGCACGCUAUGCUCCCGAGCUCAGGACAAAUUCCAGCAUGAGCAUCAUCCUGCCAAAGGGUGGCAAUGCAACCCUGCUCUGCGAUGUGGAGGGGAACCCUCCUCCUGAGUACCGGUGGACCAUUGAUGAGAAGCCACAGUUGGAAACCACAGAGAAGCUUGAAAUCACUGGGGUUAACAGCAGAUCAACCUACAGCUGCACAGCAACUAACAUUCUGGGGAACAUAACAGUGCAAAUUCAUGUUGAUGUGGAAGAAGCGACCACAACAACAGGCCCUACAGCCCAGCCCGUCACCGAAGCAGAGGAGCCUGAAAAUUGUGGCAUAACCUUGACGCCCUCUGUGCUUUACGUGAAAUAUGGAGAUCCAGCUUCGAUGAUCUGCAGCACAACCAUCAAAGAAAUUGGUAAAAUUGACUGGGAGAAUGCAGUCGGCACGAAAAAUAAAACACCCACCACUGUGACUUGGAAAGUUGAGAAACUAGAAGACUUCACUGUGAAGCCUUUCUGUUUUGUCACUCUGCUUAAUAACCAUCAGUGCAUCAUAAAACCAGAUAUCACUCUUUAUAAGCUUCCAGAUUUGGUGGAGGUCCAUGCAGCGGGUGAUGGUUCAGUGACAGAAGGCAAAGAGCAUCAGCUGCGGUGUAACAUGAACGGAGUGGCCCCUGUGGAUAGGCUCUUGGUGAAGUGGUAUAAAGACGAAGAACUUGUCCUCACGGACGAUCAGAACGGCUUUAGUGUGACGGCACUCGAUGGUGGCCUGUACGAUGUAACGUCUGUCUACAACUUCACUGCCAAGAAAAGUGACAAUGGAGCAAAUUUCACAUGCAAGGCCGAGUUUCAGUUUGGACCUGCAGGGCCGCCGGUCCCCCCGUCCAUGGCCUCAGAACCGCACACUGCUGUUGUACACUAUAAGCCGACCAUGAAAGCUUGCCCUGCUAGUUACCUUGAAGAGGAAAACAAUCUCCGUCUGCGUAAUGUGCCGUGUGAAGCUGAUGGGAACCCUCCUCCUGCUAUUACUUGGUACCGCAAUGGCGCUGAGGUCAAUCCGUCAACACCCCUUCAGAGGAAUGAUUCUGGCACCUACAAAGCUAGAGCGGUUAACUCAGUAGGCCAAAUCGAACGUGACGUUCACAUCACAGUUGGAUACCGUCCCAGUUUUACUUGUCAGAUGCGGUAUGAGGUUAAAGUCAACGACACGGUGAAAACGUUGUGUGAACCGGAGGGUUUACCUCGCCCUGAUAUUCGUUGGUUGCAAAAUGGAAAACCGAUCAUGCCACAGAGGUGGAAGAAGCACGAGAGUGGAAACUACUCAAUAAAAGCGUCCAACCAAUAUGGAACCGCUGAACACGAGUUUUAUCUGGACGUUUUGUACCCCCCGGAGUUCACAGGGCUGAAACGCCAAGUCUUUUUCCGUGCAGACAAAAAUGUGAGUUUAGUUUGCCAAGCUGGCGGCAACCCUGAGCCUGAGAUCCAAUGGGAGUACCGAUUUGCAGACAAUGGGGAUUGGACCACUAUGGGGCGCCAGGAGACCAUAACCAUCUCAAGAGCCACGUCUGCUAAUACUGGCUCUUACAAAUGUAUUGCCACGAAUAAAGUUGGAAAGGUGACAGGAACUGUGACUCUGGAGGAAAGAGCGGAUCACCACCACUCUUUCGUGGACCUGUGGUGGCUUCUCCUUUUAGUGGGUCUACUUUUCCUACUCGUCAUUGUCUUUCUCCUCGUAAAGCGCCAGAAAAAACUUGGACAGUACGACGUUGUCGCAAACAACGACAAAAACAUCCCCCUGGAAAGCGUAAAGAAUGGGACAAGUUGAAGUCAAACGCAGCCUUUAGAUAAACAUUGUUAACCUCAUUUAUCAUGAAACCUUUUCUUUUCACUCAGAUCAUAAUUGCCAUUUUGUAUAUUUUUGUUCUUGCAGUGUCAGUUCAUUGUGUUAAAACGGUAUGCGGGAGCAGCGUUAUAGCUACUAAACAUUUGUCGAUUUUAUUAAAAAAUACAAGAGUAACUGA